AUGGCGUUUCUGUGGGCAGUUGCCUGCCUGGCCCUUGCCAGCACCGUCUCGGGUUGCGGGGUGCCCGCCAUCCAGCCCUCGGUGCACUACAGCGAGAGGAUCAUCAACGGGCAGGAUGCGGUGUCUGGCUCAUGGCCCUGGCAGGUGUCCCUGCAGAGCCGCUGGGGUUCCCAUUUCUGCGGUGGCUCCUUGAUCAACGAGAACUGGGUCGUCACAGCUGCCCACUGCGAAUUCAACCCGUACUCCCAUGUCGUCGUCCUCGGGGAAUAUGACCACAACUCCAACACAGAGUCCACUCAAGUGAAGACCGUGGCCAGGGCCAUCACGCACCCCAGUUGGGACCCCUACAACAUCAACAACGACAUCGCCCUGCUGAAGCUCUCCUCGCCUGCCCAGCUGGGACGCCGCGUGUCCCCCGUCUGCCUGGCCCCUGCCAAUGUGGCUCUGCCCACCAACCUCCAGUGCGUCACCACCGGCUGGGGACGCACCAACACCAACUCCCAAGCCUUGGCUGCACGCCUGCAGCAGGUAACCCUGCCCUUGAUCUCCCAGAGCGAGUGCAUGCAGCACUGGGGCAACCGGAUCACGAACGCCAUGCUCUGUGCCGGCGGGGAAAAAUACGUGUCUUCUCCACAGGGUGACUCUGGCGGACCUCUGGUAUACCAGGAUGGGAACAUCUGGACCUUGAUCGGCAUUGUCUCUUGGGGAAACAGCAACUGCAAUGUCCGCGUGCCGGCUGUCUACACCCGCGUAAGCCAGUUCCGAAACUGGAUUGACUCCACUGUUGCUCAGGGAUAG